AUGAAGGUGCUGCCUGCCUCUGGCCUGGCUGUCCUUGUCACGGCUUUAAAGUUUGCCACUGCAGCCCCCCUAUUUGCAGCCUCCCCUAGGACCUCCAGGAGCAACUACCACCUUGCACAGGCGUAUCUUGACAAGUAUUAUACAAAGAAAGGAGGCCCCCAGGCUGGUGAGAUGGUGGCAAGAGAAAGCAAUCCCAUGAUCAGGAAGAUUAAGGAGCUACAAACUUUCUUUGGCCUCCAAGUCACUGGGAAGUUGGACCGGAAGACAAUGGAUGUGAUCAAGAGGCCUCGCUGUGGAGUCCCUGAUGUGGCUAACUACCGCCUCUUCCCAGGUGAACCCAAAUGGAAAAAAAAUAUUCUGACAUACAGAGUCUCCAAGUACACACCUUCCAUGAGUCCCACGGAGGUGGACAAGGCGGUAGGGAUGGCCCUGCACGCCUGGAGUACGGCCGUCCCUCUGAGCUUCGUUAGAAUAAACUCGGGGGAAGCGGAUAUCAUGAUAUCUUUUGAAGCCGGAGAUCAUGGGGAUUCCUACCCAUUUGAUGGGCCUCGAGGGACUCUGGCCCAUGCAUUUGCACCCGGAGAAGGCCUGGGAGGAGACACACAUUUCGACAAUGCUGAGAAGUGGACUAUGGGAAUGAAUGGGUUCAACUUAUUCACUGUCGCUGCUCAUGAAUUUGGCCAUGCUCUGGGCCUGGGCCAUUCUACAGACCCAUCAGCACUGAUGUACCCAACAUAUAAGUACCAGAACCCGUAUAGGUUUCAUCUCCCCAAGGAUGAUGUGAAAGGGAUACAAGCUUUAUACGGACCCCGGAAAACAUUCCCAGGAAAGCCCACCCUGCCCCAUAUCCCGCAUAAGCCCUCUAUCCCCGACCUCUGCGACUCCAGCUCAUCCUUUGAUGCGGUGACAAUGUUGGGAAAGGAGCUUCUGUUCUUCAAGGAUAGGAUUUUCUGGAGAAGGCAAGUGCACUUGGCGGCAGGCAUCCGGCCCAGCACCAUCACUAGCUCCUUCCCCCAGCUCAUGUCCAACGUGGAUGCGGCUUAUGAAGUGGCUGAACGGGGCAUUGCUUUCUUCUUUAAAGGCCCCCACUACUGGAUCACACGAGGAUUCCAGAUGCAAGGGCCUCCUCGGACAAUUUAUGACUUCGGAUUCCCAAGGCAUGUGCAGCGAAUCGAUGCUGCAGUCUACCUCAAGAAGCCUCAGAAGACCCUUUUCUUUGUGGGAGAGGAAUACUACAGCUAUGAUGAAAGAAAAAAGAAAAUGGAUAAAGACUACCCGAAAACCACUGAAGAGGAAUUUUCAGGAGUGAGCGGCCAAAUAGACGCUGCUGUGGAAUUAAAUGGCUACAUCUACUUCUUUUCAGGACCGAAAACGUUCAAGUAUGAUACAGAGAAGGAAGACGUGGUCAGUGUGGUAAAAUCCAGCUCCUGGGUGGGCUGCUAAAUUAUCAGGUCUGGUCUCUCCAAAGGGACAAGGACAGUUGUGAGAACUGAUGAGUGGACAUUACAGACUAAGCAGAGUGUCACAGACGCUCUUCUCUCUGGCCUUCAGUUCUGAGGGUAAUUGAAAGUUCCUUGAAAAUAACCACAAUUCCAUUGUUUUUCCUAAUUAUUCCUUCACAAUUUAAUCUAAAUGAGAAACCGUUUUUAUCAGAAUUGCGUAAUUUAGUUAAACAUUCUUUUUUUUUUUUUUCUUGCCUACUAUAGUAAAGCAAGUUGAUCGGUUUGGUUUCUAUUUAAGAAAAAAGACUGCGCGUGCGCACGCACAGGCACACACACCAUUCUUUCGUUAGGCAAGGUCAUUACCAUUUGAAUCCUAAUUUUCCCUUAAAACAAUGGCCAUCAUUUACUAGGAUGAAUAUAAAUGUACCUGUU